UGUGUGUGUGUGUGUGUGUGUGUGUGUGUGUGUGUGUGUGUGUGUGUGUGUGUGUGUGUGUGUGUGUGGAAAACUGUUGUUGCUCUGACUUCUCCCGUGUCAGUCGGACAGGUUGUGUAAGUGUUGUAGGAGGAGCGUGUAAUGAAUCAGGCCUUCAGCUGUGCAGGUUUAGGUUGCUGCCUUCGUCCUCGACAUUCACUCACUGCCGGUGGGUCUUGGGUAACAUGUGUGAGGACGAUGGGCCUGGAUAAUAUGAACUGGGCUGGACUAUUGCAGAGUCUUCUGCUUGUGAUCCAUCUGCAGCAGGUCAUAUGUGGCUCGGUCCGAUUCUCUGUCCCAGAGGAGAAGGAGCCCGGAUUUCUUGCAGGUUCACUUAGCAAAUACUUUCCCCCUCCUUACCAACUCCUGACCCAGGAGUAUUUGUGGCUGGACAAAAACACAGGGAAUUUCUAUACCACUGAGCAAAAGAUGAAUCGUGAGGCCCUCUGCCCCAAGGACACAAAAGCUGAGGAAUGUAUUAUUUUACACACUGCCGUCAUUGGGCCCUCAGGAGACCUCGUACAGUUUCCUGUGAUCAUAGAGGACAUCAAUGACAAUGCACCUCAUUUUGAGAACAGUGAAAUACACCUCAGGGUGUCUGAGGACACAAGAGUGGGGACCAGUUUCUUACUAGACGACCAGGCUCAGGACAUGGAUGCUGGACAAAACGGCGAGCUGCGUUACCGCCUAGAAGAUUCUGAUGGAGUUUUCAGUUUGAAAGUGGAAGACGACGGGCCUGUCAUCAUGCUGGUCGUGAAAACAGCUCUGGACAGGGAGACCAGGGACACAUAUCUCAUGGCACUGGUGGCCACCGACCGUGGCUCAGAGCCUUUGAGUGCCAUGGCAACUUUAAUAGUCACAGUGACAGAUGUUAAUGACCACUGUCCAAGCUUUGGCACAGAGAGCCCCCCCAAUGUCACCAUCCCAGGAGACUCCACGAAGAACUCACUGGUUGCUCGGGUCAGAGCCACAGACAGAGAUUCGGCACCGAAUGCCGGCAUAGUCUACUCCCUCAGUUCCAAAGUCUCAGAGCGGGUCAAGAAGCUCUUUAGCCUCGACAGCCUCACUGGGUACAUCAGACUCGCACAGGACCUCCAGAACGACGACUCCGAGGUGCUGCAGUUGAACGUGUUAGCUAGCGGCCACCACUGCCCCCCAGCAGACACUCGGGUAACCGUAUCCAUCGUCCCCAAGGAGAACCAAGAGCUGACGAUCAAGAUCGGGUUCAUAGCAGAUCAUCAAAACCAGACUAUGGUGUUACAAGAGAACCAGCCCCCCACUGUUUUAGCUGUUUUAGAGCUCCAGGGUGACAGCGGUUUUAUAGGCUCGUCUCUCGCUAUCGAGAGUGAGGGGCCUUUCACUUUGAGUCCACAGAAUGGCAAAUAUCUGCUUUCCACAUCAAAGCCCCUCGACUACGAGACGAAAAGCGAACAUUUUAUUUAUGUGGCAGCGCAGGGGAGAUUAGCGGAAGGAUCUGUGAUCACAUCUUCAAGACAGAUGAUCAAGGUGUUGGUGGCGGAUGUCAAUGAUAAUGCGCCACAAUUCUUCCAGUCUCGCCAUCAGCUGGAGGUGGAGGAAAACAACCAGCCAGGGAUGUCGCUGCUGAGGGUCGCAGCGUCAGACGCAGACAGUGGACACAACGGCAGGGUGACCUACAGGCUGGACAAACUCGCGUCUACCGUCUUUAACAUUGCCCCCGAUACCGGUCAACUGUCUGUGUCAGCGGUUCUGGAUAAGGAACAGCAGGGCGAGUACAAACUCACAGUGUUUGCACAAGAUAGCGGCUCGCCUCCCUUGGAGUCUGUGGCAAGUGUUUCCAUUCGUGUUCUGGACCAGAAUGACAAUACACCUGUUUUUCUAACCCCUCACUUCAUCUUUUUUGUCCCUGAGAAUGUACCACCGUUCACAGAGGUGGGAAGGGUCGGGGUGACGGACGCAGACGAAGGCGAGAACGGGGACACGGAGUUGCAUGUUGUAAACAGCAGAGGACCUUUUGUCGUGUAUAACCCUGAGGGGACUCUGCGCACCACCGGGAGUUUGGACCGCGAGACAGACGAUCGCUACGAACUCUACCUGCUGGCCAGCGAUCGUGGGCGUCCGUUGGCUCUGACCUCCACUGCCAGGGUGACCAUCUUUGUGCAGGACAUCAACGACAACAGGCCGAAAGUGAUCCUUCCCAGCAGCAACUCCUCGUGCCAAACUGUCUCUCCGGGAACCAUUGAAGGCACGGUAGUAACAAAGGUAUGUGCCAUCGACGAGGACUCUGGACUGAAUUCGGACAUUACCUACACUGUUGUGGCACCAGAGUCGGUGCAAAAAAGCAGCCCCUUUCGGCUGGACUCAAGGUCUGGGAACAUCACUGUGGCCCAGCAACUUCUAGAGAAAGACCUGGGGAUGCAUCACCUGUUCAUUGUGGUCAGAGAUGGGGGGAAACCAGCUCCACUUUACACCACAAUCUGGGUUAAUCUGCUGGUCAAUGACAGCGUAGCUCGCUGCAAUUUAGACAGGGUGCCCACCUGGACAGGGACAUCUGACUUGGAUCAAACCCCCUCAAAGGCCCCCGUCUGUGAGAUGGGGGACGCCAGAUCUGCUCAGCUGACACUGUUAGUGGGCCUGGGUAUGAUGCUGGUAUCCACAUGUUUCCUUGUGGCGACAGUCGUUUUAUACUUGAAACAGAAGAGAAGGAGUCUACAACUGAGCAAGAGGGGGCACAUUGAGGAGAAUGAAAUUCCACUCAGGCUCAAAAACAAAUAUCACUCUGAUGAUGAAAUUGAACAGAUUAAAGCAAGCAAUGUGUGUAAUCCUCACUUGCACUUUGUCAAGGAUGAAAUCAGACUUUGAAUUGAAUACAUUCUGAUUAUUUGAAGAAGGCGUUUUGCAUUUUGAUGAUCAAAUUCGUUAAAAUGUUCAAAUACAAGUACCCAAACAUUGUAAAACUGCAAUAUUCCGUAGAGACAAAGUUGAUCUGUCUUCCGAUAAGCCCCCUGGAAAGCAUAUAAAAAUGUGAUCUACAGUCCCAGUGCAGUAUUGAAAGUUUCCAUCAAAUACUCUCAGACAAAUGUAGAAGACUGCAGUUGGACAUUUGAUGCGUAAAGUGUAGUCUUCAUAUGAUGGAGCACGUCACAGUGAGGCAUUGUUAAAAUUAUCAUCAGGGACUAUUCUCCAUGACCCCUGCGGUGACAAGAAGAAUUAGGUAAUGGUCGCCUAAGUUGAUUGCAUCUUUCUAGGAGGGAUGGGGAGUCUAGGGCAUUUAGACACACAAAAGGGUUUAAUGUCCCUCCACUGGGGAGGUGAGGAAAGUCUCUCGAGGGGCUGCUAGGAGACUAAGAGGCGGAGCACAGCUGUGGACAGGUGAGAGGCGGGAGAGGGAAGGCACACCACCGUCUCAAGUCUCUGUCUCACACCUGUUACCCGAUAGCGCUGCUUCCCACCGACAGCGCUGGAUCGCAACCAAAAGGCAGAGGAAGGGGGAAAAAAAGGAAAAACAUACUGUACUGCACCCAGUAACUCAACCAGCUUGUGGUUUUGAUGUCAGCUGUUUGGAGUGAAAUCAAACUGUGUUGAAAGAACUAAUUACAAAAGGCAGGUGCUUCCGUGUAUAACUGUGUGUGCUGGGGAACAAUUGAGAUAUCAAAACCAGGUUAAGUGAAGCAUGAAAUAUGAAUGAGCCUGUGUUUACAAACCUGUGAACACAGUUAUGCAACGGGUGGGAGGGGGGAUAAUUGUUCUAGCUUUUACCAAAAUAAAAUGUGUUUUUUAACUUUAUCAUGCAAAUUAUUGAGUGUUCCUUUUAAGACACUGCUGUGGAAGAAAGCUGCGAGUCAAAGCCUAUAAAACACAAUGUACGACGAGCUGGUUAGUAGGUUAAGCAUGGUGCUUCUCUGUCUGACGUAGCAGGUAAAAAAUGACUACUCUAAUAGGGUUGUUGUGUGACACUAACUGCAUUAAAUUAGAUAUAACUGGUCAUAUAACAAAUUGAAGAGGCAUUUUCACCAAAGAUUUGAAGAAAAUUUUAAAUCAUAUUGGAUUCAAAACAUGUACCAAUUAGUAUGAAACUGUCGUUUAAAAAAUACGUUGACAUAAUUAAAAAUAUCUAAUAUCCUAAAAGACUAUCAUGUUUAAACAUGCGUUUUCACACAGCUGGCUUUCUAAAAAAAAAGAAACAGUAUUGUGGGAUAUAACUUGUGUGUCUGUAACUGUAGAAAAGCUUUGGCAAGAGAAAGCCUGCCAUCUGCUGGGCAGAGAUGAAGCCAAAUCCGGUUUUGUAUUUCUGGUAAUGUACCAGAGGGUGUAGCGAUGAUUCAGAGGACAGUCUCUCACUCCGCAACAGUCAGGUCACCUGAGAUUAGUGAUGCUUCUCUGCUCUGCUCAAAGCACAUCUCAUCCUAAUCAAAUUCUUGCCUAAAGUGGAACAUUUGAUAGUGGGUUAUGGGGUUUGCAUCGGCUGACAUGGACAAAGAACGUCGACCCAAAUACCUGUGGAUUAUUUCCCUGAUUUUUUAAACACGCAUAUGACAUAACAAUUCAGCUUAAUUAAAAUAGCAGUGAUGUUUUUCUUAUCAGAGAAACUCUUUUGUAGUGACGAUGAUGAAAUAUCCCUCUUUGCCCUCAGGGUUUAAAGGGCUUUAUCACACUUGAUUAAUCCACAUAUUCAUGGUUUGUGAAUGCCACUUUAAACUAAAAAAAAAGAACAUCCCCCGACUAAAUAGACCCAUUUAAGAGAUAAAUGACAAAGCUCGUAUCAGCAUUGCCAGCUGGGAUUUUCUUAUGUUCACUUCUGUAUCUCAAACACUGCAGUAACACAGAUAGUAUCUGACAAUUUCCGAAGCCUGGAGAGCAUCACCUGAGUGUCCACAGGCUCACAUCGAUCGUGUAACUUCAGAGGGAUCGUCUUCACUGACCACAGUCAUGCAGUGUAAUUCACCACAGAGCAUCUGCGAAA